AUGGCUACUGCGUCCCACGAGCUCACAGCAACCAUCCUUGCGAUGUCCGACAGGGCGGCAUUUUCCCUGCCGGUCCUCGACAAUACUUACGGGGCUCUGCUCCUUGGGACUUUCUUUGGGCUCAUGUUGUAUGGCCUCACCGUACACCAGACCUACAGAUACUUCAGGCUGUAUCCCACCGACAUUCUAAUCCUGGUCUAUCUGGUCCUCGCGAUCUUUUACUACCAUCUCGUAUCUAAUUACUUCAAUCCCAUUGCUCUUCUAAAGGGACACUGGUCAAUGAGGAUCAUAACCUCCACAUCCGGAUUGAGCAUCUUCGUUUGCCAAGCUUUCUACGCUCGUCGGGUGUGGUAUGCCUUCGACGUCGACUUCAUAGUCAUCCUGCCAGACAAUUUCAUAUGGGCCGCAAUCGGCAUCGUUGCAGCCAAGCUCUAUGCAAAUUCCGUCCUCCCAGUCCUGAACUCCCGCCGAGCGCUGUCCGACCGCAUGCUCGAAGGGAUUGAGAUGGGCUCCUAUGAGCCUCGAGGCGCACGAGCGCGGCCUCACACAGUCGUCGACACUUGGGAUGUCCCUCAGCUCUCCGUCGGUCUCCCAUCCCGCGACACAUACGUAAGCUUCACGACGCCCACGGAUAUCCAUUCCGACGAGGCAGCGUCCGGGGUCUGCGCUCUUGAGGCUAUUCAGGCUAAGUCCGUGCCAUGUUCAGAGGCCCUCAUAGUCAAGAUGGCCGCUUAA